AUGGCACCAAUCCACCGAGUCGCUGUCAUCCAAUGGCACAUCAAAGACCUCGCCAUGGAAGAAAACCACCAAAAAGCCUGCUCCUACAUCCGCGAAGCAGCCUCCAAAGGCGUCCACCUCGCUGUUCUCCCAGAAUAUCACCUAAACGCCUUUCCCCCUCACGACCCCCUCUACCUCCCCCAAACAUCACCCCAAAUAACCAACCAAUACUUAGCCGCCUACCAAUCCCUCGCCCAAGAACUCAACCUCUGCCUCGUCCCCGGCACCAUCGUCGAAAACCACGCCGCAGACCCCUCCAGCCCACCCCUCCUCUACAACACAGCCUACUUCAUCUCCAACGAUGGCACCAUCCUCUCCUCCUACCGCAAAAAGAACAUCUGGCACCCGGAGCGCGCGUAUCUGGCCUCCUCCGGGAGUGAUCCGCACGUGGCGUUCGACACCCCGCUCGGCAAAGUCGGGUUGCUGAUUUGCUGGGAUUUGGCGUUUCCGGAAGCGUUUAGGGAGUUGAUCGCCGCUGGGGCGGAGAUGAUUGUUGUGCCAACCUUUUGGACGAAGUUUGAUGCGUCGGCGGCUUUGCGGGCGAGGAACCCGGAUUGUGAGAAGCUGUUUUUGGAGUCGAUGCUUACGGCGAGGUGUUUUGAGAACACGUGUGGGAUUGUGUUUGCGAAUGCGGCUGGGAGUGCAGAGGAUGAUGGGUUUUUGGGAUUGUCGAGGGUGACGAUGCCGGGGGUUGGGGUUGUGGGGACUAUGGGUUCUGAGGAAGGGGUUUGUGUGGUGGAUCUUGAUAUGGGGUUGAUUCGGGAUGCGGAGGAGAAUUAUAAGGUGAGGGCGGAUUUGGGGAGGGAGGGGUGGUAUUAUUCCUAUCGGCAUCAGAGCAGGGCGUAG